AGGGUUAGUGUUGGGGUUACAGGAAGGGUUAGUGUUAGGGGUACAGAGUAUUAGGGGUACAGGGAGAUUGGGGUUACAGGGAGGGUUAGUGUUGGGGUUACAAUGAUGGUUAGUGUUGGGGUUACAGGGAGGGUUAGUGUUGGGAUUACAGGGAGGGUUAGUGUUGGGGUCACAGGGAGGGUCAGUGUUGGGAUUACAGGGAGGGUUAGUGUUGGGGUUACAGGGAGGGUUAGUAUUGGGAUUACAGGGAGGGUUAGUAUUGGGGUUACUGGGAGGGUUAGUGUUGGGGUUACUGGGAGGGUUAGUGUUGGGGUUACAGGGAGGGUCAGUGUUGGGGUUACAGGGAGGGUUAGUGUUGGGGUUACAGGGAGGGUUAGUGUUGGGGUUACAGGGAGGGUCAGUGUUGGGGUUACAGGGAGGGUUAGUGUUGGGGUUACAUGGAGGGUCAGUGUUGGGGUUACAUGGAGGGCCAGUGUUGGGGUUACAGGGAGG